AACAUAGCACACGAGGAGGACGCGAGCUUCAGCCUCCUCCACGCUGCUAGCCAGUCGCUAGCAAACAUUUCUCCCUCCAUACUUCCCAUUCUCUAAUGCCUCUGCGACCCCUCCACCCUCCCGCCUCUGAAUGCAAUUGACCAUCGGACCCCCUCUCCUUUUCGCCCUCGGAAUUCGUAUUCUACUAAACUUUCUCAAUCCAGAACAUACCCAAUCUACAGCAGACGAGCUCUUGCAGGGCCUCUGGCAAGGCGUCCUGCUCUAUCAUACCCUCAUCCACCUCUCCGAGUUGGUCUUCGUUGUCGCUAUCGCUAUCGUUGGCUUUACUCUGUUUGAAGUCCUCCGGAAUGGCUUCGAUGCUACCAAGUGUGCUUGUACAUUGCUUGGGGUUGCCGUUGGUGUCCUCAUUACAAGUGUCCUUUCUCAAGUAAUUGAGGACACGAGUCAUUCAGACGUAUCCAGCAAGGAUAAGAAACCCUCCAACUCUGGGCACGCGAACACUAUCCCUGUGAAUGACCCCAUAUCUCGACGUACACGACUUGUCUCAUUUGGUCGGAGCAGUGCAGACCGUCAUCGACAAGUUCAUAUGCAUAGACAUACUCGUGAACGUGAACCUGAUCAACGUCCUCGUCAUUCUCAUACCACUCAACCUCGACCAGCUCAUACGCCACACCAACAUCCACAUCCACAUCCACACCGCCCACCAUCAGGAUAUGAUCCUGCCUUGCGGGACCUCACAUCCCCUACACCAACCCUCGCCUACAGCGUUGACACCGCACCCUCCAUCUCCAUCGACUCCGUUUCCUCUUCCAUUGAUCCCAAAGGUCUACUUUCACCACGUGAACGUGAGGUAGCUAUCCUCCGCGCGAGGGCUUCAUUAGCAGACUCCGAACGACGACGAUUCAAAGAGGAAAGGAAAUGGGCGUUGAGUAUGGGUAAUAAAGCGAGAGCGAAUCAGUUGGCGUGGCAAGUGAAGAGGUAUGCUGCGUUGAUGGAGAGUUAUCAUAGAGAGGCGGAUGCCAAGGUCGUCGAAGCCGCGCGGGUAGCGGUUCCUCACCAGCAAUCACAUCCACAACAACGCCAGCAACCUUUUCCUAGCACUUUGCCUUCAAAUGGACAGUCAACCCAACGUCGAGGGUCAGUAUCCCAACCUCAUAACUAUUCCACGCCUGUACAGCAAGUUGAACGAGAUCGUGCGCCAUUGGUAAGUGUUACGGUUGGCGCCACGUCUGCAGGACGUGUUCGAAAACGUAGCGGUGGCCAUGGCGGAGGCCCUCCUGUUACUCUGAAGCCUGCUAUGUAUGUUCCAGGACGAGAGACGAUUACAGUGAAGCGAUGACACCAGUCUUGAAGAAGACUAUGUGGAAAAGUGUAUUUCUGUUUACGAACGUCCGGUCUCAUUCACGACGUUCCAUUUUUUAAAAUGGCUUGAUGACUAGAAGACGUGACCUUCGUGGCAAUAUAACCACACGUUGCAUUGGAAGGAUAUUUGGAUUCCUGCACCGUUGUAUGUACUAGCUGCUUCCUUUUGUCUUUUGGGUGAUACCGUCUUGUGCUUAGCGCAAGUUAUACGAAUACAAGUUUCUUGGGAUAUCAUUGUACAUGACGCAAAUUGCGCAGAAUAAAGUCCUUGAC